AUGGAGAGGGGUUCUUCCAUUUCUGACACCGACGAUGAGCUGGACCUAGUUAUUCCUACAGAGGAAGAGCUUCAUACUCUGAAGCGUGUCCCUGGCGUUUUGCCAUGGAUUGCUUUCACCGUCGCCUUCGUCGAGCUCUGCGAACGUUUCUCAUACUAUGGAACUGUCGCCAUCUUCGUCAACUUCAUCCAACGCGACCGACCUGUCAUCGACGGUGUCCUCCAAGUUACCGGUGCCGAUCCCAGGCCUGAUGGACGACCAGGUGCAAUUGGUGCUGGUCAACGUGCUUCUUUCGGUCUUACUACUUUUAACCGGUUCUGGGCUUAUUUCAUGCCUCUGUUUGGUGCUUACAUCGCUGAUACCUACUGGGGUCGCUACAAGACGAUUCACGCAUCCAUAGUCGUCUGUUUCUUCGGUCACUGCAUCAUCAUCAUUUCCGCGAUCCCCAAAGUCCUCGAUCACCCUCAAGGUGCACUCGGAUGCUUUGCUGUCGGGCUUGUGUUCUUUGGUAUCGGUGUCGGCGGCUUCAAAUCGAAUAUCUCUCCCAUGGUUGCGGAGCAGCUAAGAGCUCCUAAGAUUCACGUUCAGACCAACAAAUCUGGUCAGCGCGUCAUUGUUGACCCUGCCCUUACCACUCAGCGCAUGUUCAUGUGGUUUUACCUCUUCAUCAACAUUGGCGCUGUCACUGGCCAAGUUUCCAUGGUUUACGCUGAGCGCUACGUUGGUUUCUGGCUGUCGUUCUUCCUCCCGACCAUCAUGUUGAUGCUCUGCCCUGUCGUUCUCAUCGCCUUCAACAAGAAGUACCACCAUUCGCCACCUACUGGAUCAAUUCUCGGCACGUUCUUCAAGCUCAUCAGCCUUGGCUUCAAGGGCAAAACUUCCAUCAACCCUGCCGUCACGUGGAGAAAUAUGCGCGACCCAGCAUUUUUCGAGGACAUUAAGCCUUCGCGCGUGGCCAACAAGCCAGACUGGAUGGUAUUCGAUGAUGCCUGGGUCGACGAAGUUGCUCGCGCUACCAAAGCAUGCACUGUCUUCCUCUUCUUCCCCAUUUUCUGGCUGGCAUAUAACCAAAUUGAGAGCAAUCUUACUUCGCAAGCCGCGACCAUGGAGCUGCAUGGCGUACCCAACGAUCUACUGAAUAAUCUAAAUCCCAUCGGUAUCAUUAUCAUGAUACCUAUCCUCGACGUGCUAGUCUACCCCUUGAUUCGUAAGGCCGGCUUGAACUUUACACCUCUGAAACGCAUGACCGCCGGCUUCUUCCUUGGCUGCGCUGCCAUGAUCUGGGCCGCCGUCAUUCAGCACUACAUCUACGAGAAGGGCGCUUGUGGCAAAUACAUGAACACAUGCGAGACACCCGAUGGCGACGCCCUACCAGCGCCUAUCAACGUGUGGGCUCAAACCGGCUCGUACAUCCUCGUAGGUCUCGCUGAGAUCAUGGCGUCCAUCACUGGUCUCGAGUAUGCGUACACCAAGGCACCCGUCAACAUGCGCUCGCUCGUUAUGGGCUUCUACCAGAUGACCUCCGCGUUAUCAGCUGCACUAGGCCAGGCAUUUGUCGCACUUUCCGAAGACCCACUGCUUGUGUGGAACUACGGCGCCGUUGCGAUCAUCGCGUUUGUAGGCGGUGUCGCAUUUUGGGUCUUAUUCCGUAAGUACGACCAACAGGAGGACAAGCUCAACUUGAUCAAGGAGUCAGAGUACCGAGGCACAAACAGGCCCGGUCAGGUCGACAGCAGCAAGUUGGAUCAAACGGCCGACGCGAGGGUUUAG